GAAUUCUGGAAGAUCGUUGAGUGGUGUAGUAUUUUCCCUUAAGAUGUGCAAGUCUUGUGCAGGAUGCGUUCGCGUGCUAAUGAUUGUGUUCAACAUCCUGUUUACAAAUCAUUUAAAACUAGUAACGAUCUAAUGAAAUCAGGACCUCUGUGACCACUAGGUUUCAGUUUGUAAAUAUAUCAUAUUUUGUGCCAUUCUAAACCCUUAUAAUCUAUUCUGAUCUCAUUUUCCACUUUUUUUUUAACUCAUCGGGGACAUCACAUGUGAUAAAAAGUUUUGGUGCCGGCGUUAAUUAUCUUGUCUGGAUAAAUCUCGUGGUUCUGGAGAAUUCUUAUUUAGAAUACUUACUUGCGGUUGCGUAAUAGAGUCUCUGUGCACAUACUCGUAAAGAUGCGUGGUACACCAGAAGUUUUACAUCUACAUCUACUGAUAUAACUGAAUGUUUUGGUGAGACCAUAACUUAGGGUCACUUUGAGAGAUGGUUAUUUGGGUUUGAACAUGUGUACCAACUUGCUAAGGCUAAAAGGGUUAUCAAAUUUGAGGAACUGUGAUUAUCGUAAGGGACUAAAUCACGAACUGACGUCAGCCAUAAUCCCCAAGUACUAUUUAGCCGUAGGGAAAAUGGAUUUGGAUGAGGGAUAAACCAAAGAAAUCCAUGUAUACUAGCUACAAAUUUUCAUACCGUAAAGGUUAACUGUAUAGCAGCACAUCUAUAUACAACUGCACUUAUGGUGAAUAGUCAGGUCUCAACGUUGAGAUUACUGGCAAAUUUAUGCUUUCAAAAGUACUAAAGUGUAUACCUAGUGAUUUUGUUUUCUUGUUCUGGUCAGAAACUAGAAAGGAUGAGCUACGAGAAAGACCCGUGUUCCGCCUGUUGGUGAUAGUAAAUUACCCUAACAUUAUGUUACGCUCAGAAAAUUUGUACUCCGCAAGUUAAUUUUUCUCCCAACUUUCUUCGGUAGAUAAAUAACCUAUUGAACUGGAGAGUCUGCUCAGAUUUUCAGGAGCAUAAAAAUCUGGAGAGUAGAAAACUUGCAGAAAUUGUUAAACAGUAUAGUUAAUUUUUUUAGUUUAAACAUGUGUAAUUCUUUUGUGUAAAAUUAGUUCAUGUAAUUAACUUCAUAGUAGACUUUCUGAUAUUUCUGUAGAGUCUGUAUUAUUGUACUGAAUUUUUAUUCUGCUUCCAGAUCAUAGGGAUGAUCGUUUUAGCCGCUGCUCUGUACUUUUACUUUUCAACAUUCGGAGUUAGAGGUACUGAUCAACACAAUAUAUUGGCUUAUACCUAUAUCGUUCUGGCUGCUAUUGGGGCUCUGAGUUUUGUAUUAGGAAUAUUAGGUUGUUGUGGUUCAUAUCACUAUAGUCGAUGUUUAUUGGGCUUUUAUUUUGCUCUGUUAUUGGUUAUUUUUGCCAUCGAAAUUGCUAUUGGCGUAGCUGGGUUCGUUCAUAGAGAACAAGUAAGUUUAAAUUUGUAUUUGACUAUAUAUAUUUUACAAAGAGUUCUAAACAAUAAUAUGGAUGUAGAGCUACAAUGGUUCAGUUAUUCGGUUUUCAUUUAUCAAACUGUAAUCUUAACCUCGUGUAAAUUUCAGUUUCAGUGCUGAUGAUUUUACUCAGCAUCUUGCGCGAGUGUGUUCACAGCAUUGUAGUGGUGGUAUACCUAAUGAUAUUAAUGGCUUACUUAUUUCUCUUGUUAAGCCGCAUUCGGAGCUUUAGGGCACGUGCAAUUAUCCACGAAACACUUAAAGAAGGUGUUGAAGAUUGGAAAAAUUCCAACAAUGAAGUUCGAUGGAUGGAUGCAAUCCAUGUUAUGUUUCAAUGUUGCGGUUACAAUGGACCUACAGACUAUGGUAUUGCUAAAGUCCCUUCUUGUUGUUUAAAUGAUGAAUGUACUAUGGAUUUUGCUUUGCUCAGUUUUCAAACGGGUUGUAAAGAAAGAAUUGACAAUAUCAUGCAUAAUUUCCUAAUUAUAUGUAUUUCGGUUAUUACAAUAGCCCUCAUUGAGCUGAUUGGUUUGAUAUUUGCAAUGACUCUUUGUUGUGCUGUAAAUGGGCGUGAUCCAAAUGCUUAUUAUCGUGCAGUACAAACAGCAUAAACACUUGACCAACUUAACCCAAUGUUUAACUCAUUAAAACGUUCUAAAAGUACAAUUCUCUGAUAUACUUCUCUCCAUAAACUUAUUCAUUAUGAUUCUAAUUCCAACUUUGUAUUGUUCAUCACUUUUUUGGAAAUAACAAUGAAUAUUGUAAUUUAGUUCUUCCUGUUCAUUUCUCGACAUACAUAUUUAUGAGACAUUCAAUCAUUUCAUAUGAGUUGUUCUUUUUCCAUUGUUUAUCUAAGUGAGAGAUUUUUUACAUCUUUCUCCUUUUUUUUCCACCGUCGAAUCACGAAUUUCAUCUGCAUACAAUCUUUCAUUAAUCAUGUGCCAUACACAACAUAAUGGUACUCUAUGUAUGUGUUUAUGUUUAUUCAUGGUUACAUCAUCGUCACCAUCGUGAGUUUUAUUCAAUAUAAAUAAAGAAAACUUCAUGAAUUACACACAAAAAAAUAAGUACAGAAUUCAGUCAAUUUGCAACAUCUAACACCCACACACACGACACCUAUCAUCGUAUCGUGUGUGUGUGUGUGUCAGUUUGUCAUGUUCCAUGAGAAGUUGGAAUUUUCCCAAUGGUCAUUUACUUUUUCUCCGAGUAUUGUGUGUGUGUGUGUGUGAGUGUGAAUAUACUGUUACCAAGUAGAUAUGUUUAUUCUUUAAGAAUUGAUGAUUACUAUAAUACUUGAUCAUUAUGUAGAUAAACAUUUGUGUGUACUUCACUUUUGUUUUGUACUUCUUCAACCGGUUUCAUUGAUCAUUGAUCACUAAUGUCAUCCUUCAUUUAUAAAUGCAUCUAUCAACAGUUUCACCAGUGUGUGUGUAGUAGUACAGUGUCAUUUGUCAUGUGUGUGUGUGUAUUUUUGUAAUUUAUAAGAAUAAAAUUUUUGUUCAAUUUUUAUACACUUUUCCUUACAUAUUACGUCAUAGUUGUUCUAUACACACAUACUUGUCUCGAUCAUUUGUCACACUAACAUAAUGAGAACAUUUAUUUUUCUUUGUUAUUCAUCCUUUGAAUUCUUUGUUUUGAAUGAUUGCUUACUUACUUACACCUGUUACCCUUCGUCGAGGAGCAUAGGCCACCCACCAGCAUUCUUCAUCUAACUCUGUGUUGGACAAUCCUUACCAGUUUUGAACGAUGAUUUAGACUAAUUCGUUGGAAUAUAUCUAAUCGUUCUGUAUUUGUUUAUUGUUGUGUUACUAUAUGUAUAUUUGUUAAAUUUUUUUGCUUCGGUGAUGAUAAUGUUCUUAUUCUAGUAUUCUGCGUACAUAUAUUAAGUGGUAUUUUUAAAAAAAAUUAUUGUUUAUCUAUUACCAUUUCAUAAUACACAACAAAUUGCAUACCGUG